AUGUUAAUUCGUAUAUUAUGUUUUUCCGCAAUUGUAGCUGGAUGUUGGGGUAAGUUUUGGUGUUUUUUAAUUUAUAAAGUUUUUUUUUACUUAUUUUUUACUAAAUUUUUGUUAUAUUUAUGGUUUUGUUGAUGUAGGAUAAUUUAUAUUAUUUUAGGUAACACUUUGAGGAGAAAUGGAUAUUACUGUAAUCAAGACCCUUGUGAGCAUGGUUUGUGUAUUGAACAGGAAAAUGGAUACCUUUGUGCAUGUUAUAAUGGUUUGUUUAUAAUUUGUUUUGUUACUUUAAAGGUUUUUAGGGAAUCUAGCUGAUGUUUAUCUUUUAAUAUUGUUUUGUUGUAAUAGGUUCUAGUAAAAGUUAUGAUUUGGACGUGAUAUCUUCUUUAUAUUAUUUAUUUUGCAUUUUCAGGCUACAUCGGGGACAAUUGUAAUGUAAAAGUGUCGAGUUGCCAACUUCCUUGUCAAAAUGGUGGUGUUUGUGACAAUUCGACCUGUUUAUGCCCAAACAGUCAUUAUGGUCAAUAUUGUGAAAUUGAGAAGCCGGAUCCCUGUGCAAACCAGCCUUGUGGGCGUAACGGAUAUUGUCUUACCAAUCAGUUAUAUGAGUAAGUUGGUUUAUUGAAUAUUUUGUAGUAGGUAAGAAGUACGGUGUUUCUGUGUUUUGUCAUAACUUUUUAUAGAUUGAUGACGCGUUUUAAUGUUCUCAUAAUUUUUUUCAAAAGGUUCAUAUUUUUAGCGACUACUAUUGUCAAUGUAAAUCUGGUUAUGGCGGUAAAUUCUGUGAGAUUCCAAUCUGUGUUGGUCGAGAGUGCGAGAUGAACGUAUCUCGAUGUGACACGGUAAUGUGUGGUAAUGGGCGCUGCGUAGACGACUAUGAACUCGGUACUACAAGAUGUGUUUGCCCCAUUGGCUACAUAGGGGAACGUUGUGAGCUCAAGAAUCUUGAAUUUCAUUUAGAAAACGAUUCGCCUUCAUCUCGAGGAACUGUCAUUGUUGUUAUGAUUGGAAAUGUAAGCCACGUCUUCGAGCAGUCAAAGUUCAUAUUGGAUAGGCUGAAUGAGGAAACAAAGGCACAGAUUGAGUUGGGAAGGACUCAAAGAGGCAAAGCGAUGUUGUACCAGUGGGAUUCGAUCAACGGCAAGGGAGAUCUUAUUGAUCAAGAUGUUCUGGACCAGAAGGAUAAUUGUGAGUUCUGUUGAGACGGUUUUUAGCGAUAAUUUUCUAUAUUUCUUAAAUGCACUUCGGUACGUAAAACAAUUUUGUUAAUUUUCAGAUUCUAAUGAGAGAUUCGGCGCUGUUUUCGAUGGAAUUCUCAUGGUUCUAGAAGUGAACACGUUAGAAUGUGUCAAACUGAAACAGAUCAACCCAAACGAAGAUUGUCCAGCCACCGUUCUUGACGUUGCUUCUCUCCUCGUAACUCCAAGGACCCAAGAAGUUCUAAAGCCCUUAGGUCUACAAAUUCACUCGGCAGAACAGCUACGUCAACUUCCGGAAUCCAGCACCCAAUUCUUCUUGGGACUAUGUGUUAUCGGCACCAUUCUGGUCGGAAUCCUGAUGGUAUUGACCGUGUUGAAUAACGGGAACAAAGCUGAAAAUUAUAAGUUUUCACAGGCUGGAGAUCCAAGUAAAGGAUCGCUUUUGGGCGCAGCUGUCGAUGACAGAAGACUCAUUCGUCAGAACGUUGGCCCUACCUGGAUACCACCCAGAGGCUAGCUUUAUUUACUUUUUAGGGUUUUUAACCGUUUUGUUUUUGAAUUAUGAACUUUAGCUCACUUUAAAACCUGAACCUACAUCAAUUAUACUUUCAGAGGAACCCGAUCCGGACAGUAACGAGUUCGAACUGGUACUGCGUGAUGUAAGUUUUUCCAAUAUGACAGUUCGCAGCGCAUUGGCCAAUUUCGGUCCAAGAGUACGUAGAAUUACCUUUAUUCAAACAUUUUAAAUUAUGGGCUGGGGAAUCGUUUGUCUUUUUGUUUUCUAGGGUAAUAUUACUGAUUACUUUACGCUAUACAGAGUAAAUGAUUUGUUAUGUUAGUAUUACUGUGUUUUAGGAAGUAAGUCCCUUGUUUGCUGCUUUGAGGAAGGUUGCCUCCGCAAAGUCGCACCAAUACAAAAGGAGGACAGGGGCGACGGCUGUGUUGAACAUCGGCGCAUUGGAAAGAGCUGCCAGAUUCGUUGAGAACAUUGUCACAAAACGGUGGAGACGGGAUCUGGCCAGAUUCAGCGAGUAAGUAUUUACGAUUAUUACGAUUGUUUUAAUGUUGUCAUGACCUCCUUUUCUUUUACCAUUUUUUUCCUAAAUGGUACUUUCAGACAUGCGCGCAAGACUAGACCUGACAAAGACGAUGCUUUGAUGAUUUUCAAUAGAUAUGACACUCGCGUGAGUUGAUAUCUUUUUAAGAAGAUUAGCUGAUUUACAUAAUAAUGUAUUUACAAUAACAUAAUGUUUUAGUUCAUGAGAGUGGAGAAGCUGUUCUAUUUGACAAACUGGGUCGAGAUUGAUGGUGAAGUUGUUGAUGAAGAAGAAGAACAACCAGUCGAAAACAGCAGAUUCAAGACUUUGGGUGAGAUGCAAGCUGAGGAGCAAGUAUGUUUAAUAAGAUUUGCUACUUUCAAGGACUUUAAAUAGUAUGAAAUUAGCUGAGCGAUGAUAAAAAUCGAUUAGUCAUUUUUUUAGUCAAAGUAUAUUUAGUUUUAUAACAUAAUCGUAAUAUUUUAGCUAGAACCACAAUCAUGGGAGGAAUUUAAGAAGCCCAGGAAAGAGUUACGCAGUAAACUCAUGUAUGAAUGCGACCUGAUCAAAUUGAGCGACAACAGAUACCAUCAAGUCUCAACUGGUGCCACUAUUGUCAUACAAGAUAAUCCCUACCCCUACCCGACCGGAAAUGAGGCUGUCUUCUAUCCUGGCCCUGCCAAAUCGAUUCACUCCGGCAUCACUAUUAACAGAAGACCAGAAGCUGUUGCUGGUGAAGAAGUUGUUAAUGCUGAAGAAAGCAACGGCAACAAUGAUGAAGAAGUUGAUAUAAACCACGUAGCACACGAAGAGGUCGUUGACGAAGAAGCUACUGAUGAGGAGGAAGUUGUUAAUGUCGAAGAGUAA